AUGACCUGGUUGCCACCAGGAGUGCAUGUGCAGGUGAUGGAGCGACUGUUCAUUGAACAGGGCCUUAUGGACAAAGACAACAUGAGCACUUCCUUAGAGAAUACUUCAGCCGCAUCAAUAAAUACCAGCCAGUCUGCAGGCAUAAGCUCCGUGAAUGCGGUGUGCUCCACUCUGCUUCUCCUGUCUUUCCUAGUGGGGGCAGCUAUGAAUGGAUUCUGCCUCUGGGUUUUGGGAGUGAAGAUGAAGAAAACCGUGUAUGCACUCUGGUUCUUCCACUUGGUUCUAAGCUACUUAAUGGUCUGUGCCUUUCUGCCUUUCUAUGCUAUCUAUGCCCUGCUUGGCUUCCAUUGGAUCUUUGGCACGGUUUUUUGCAAGCUCAGCACCUUCAUCUUUUCCUUGUGGAUGUUCAUUGCAGCCUUUCUACUCACCAUCAUCAGCCUGGACCGCUGCCUCAUCAUCGGCAAUCCCACCUGGACCCAGAACCACCGCUCAAUACCUUGGGCAAAGAAACUGAUUGCAUGGACAUGGCUGGCUUCCGUAGCUUUGAGUGUUGCCUACCCAGUUUUCCAGGAAACACUCGUAGUAGAGAAAGACAGGAUUGUUUGUAAAAAUCAUUGUGCCAUUUCCAUUCAAGUGGUUCUCUUUCUCUUUCAAUUCCUGGUGGCUUUUCUGCUCCCUUUCAUCAUCAUUGUGGGCAGUUAUUGCUGGGUGGGUCAAAAAAUGAAGAAAAAAAGAUUGGUGAAGACGGGGAAGACUUAUAGAGUCCUUGUGGCUUCCGUGGGAUCAUUCUUCAUCUGCUGGUUUCCCUUCCAUCUCCAUAAUGGUUUACUGCUGAUGGAAGUUCCAGAAAUAAUAGUACAGUUUCUGUGGCAUAUGAUGCUCAUCGGGGGUUGUUUAAAUACCUGUUUCACCCCCAUUCUCUACCUCUUUGUUGGAGAGGAAUUCCAGGUGAUCUUCAGGAUGUCCAUUCCCACUCUUCUCAAGAAAGCUUUUGUGGAUGCUUCUGAGGAGGAUGGCAAUAAUGAGGAAGAGGACCAUCGGAUUAACAAUCCCAGAAGCUCAGGCAGAAGGUGA